AUGCGCCGGGCAGGGAGGGUCCCCCCUCCGCGGCGCGGGAGCGCGACGUCAGCUCGAGCAGGCCGGUGCAGGCGCUGGCGGGGGUCGACGUCCCCUCGAGGCGCCCCUCGCGGACGCGGUCUCGGGCGCAGAGAGGUCGCUCACCCUGGGGGGUCCAAAAGAGUGCUCUGCGCUGUCGUAGCGUCUGAGAGGGGGGGGGAGGGGGUGGCCACCGCGGGGGUGGGGUGGUGGUGGUCGGGGGGGGGGGGGGGGGGGGUCGCGGGGGGGGGGGGUGAGGGGGGGAGACGGUCCCUGGGGGUCCGCGGCGAGGCGGCGGCCGCUGUUCGGGGGCGCCCGGGUCGGGGAUGCGCACCAGGCGCGGGCCCCUCGCCGUCGCCUCGACUCUCGUCCGGGGUCGUGCGCCCUCGCCGGCCGCGCUCGUCGCAGGCUGGUAUCUCGUGCCUCGGCACUGCUGGCGCCCUCCCGGCAGAAUCAGCCGCGGGCCGUCGCGGACCGCGUCCCCCUCGGUGGGGGGGGCGUGCGCGCGCGUUCUGGGCGUACGGGGCCACCCUGCUACGCCGCGAGGCUCCGCCGCAAGGUGAUGGCGUGACGGAGGGUGCACGGGGUGCGGGCCGGACGGGCCGGCGCAGCCGUGGCAGCGUCGGAUCCGGGCGAGGGCAUGCGCGGCAAACGCGGCUCUGGGGGGCCUCCGAGCGGCCGUACGGGGGGCUGCGCGGCAGGCGCUCGCGCCUCUCGCCUCGUCAGGGAAAAGUCGACCCCGCGCGGCGCUCUCGGAGCCCCUCCGCGCGGGCUCUCGCGAGCCUUCUCAACGUCGCUCGCCGGCCCUCUCCCCUACGAUCUGCAGCGUUCCCCCUCGCGCGGGCGCAGGGGUCGGGCUGGCAGGACUCACGGCGCGGGUUCCGGCGGCCGGCGGUCCGAGACUGCGCGGCGUCGGCUGUUACGGGGCGGGCGCGCGACGAUGGCCCUCGUUGGGACGGGGGCCGUACGCGCUCCUCGUUCGGGCGUCGGUUGCUCGCAGGCCUCGACCGGGCGGAAAGAGCUCGCGGUCAUGUCUGCCCCUCGAUGGACGCUCUCCCCUCGACGACUCGGCCGCGCCCCCCUCGGCGCGCCCCGUCGGCGGUUCAUGGUGGCCGCGUCCGCACACGCCCGGUUUCCCCCCCCUCGGGCUUCCGUCUGGUUACCGUGCGGGCUCCGGGGGGCGGCGCCUCGGGACAGACGUCGGCUAGCGAUGUCGGCAGAGGCGGGCCGGGUUCAGGCCGGGUCCGAUGCGGCGCCCGCGCGACCGGUGCGAACCCCCCCUUACGGGGGGGCAAACGUGUCGUCCCUCGAGCACGCGGGGGGACCCCUCGCAGCGUCGAACCGAGGGCGGUCGGAGGGCCCGGCCCUCGUGCUCGGCGGCCCCUCGUCAUGCAUCCCCCUCGGGCCGCGAGCUCGCACGUGCCCCCUCCCGCCGCGGACGCGGUCGCGGUCCGCGGCGGUCCGGGCGCAGCUGCAGGUUGGGUGAGUCCUGACGCCGGCCCGUCGGCGCGGGCGGCGGCGGGGGCCCCCCUCGCCACGCGGCCGCUCGGUCCCCCCGCCGGGGGAUGGCGGGUCGCCGCGCGCCGCAGGGGGGGGCACAGGAGCGCCGCGUCUACGUGUCCCUCGGGGCCGGCCGCCCGUGUGGGCCCCUCGUGGAUCAGCGGCCCCUUCGCAGUUACUCGCGGGCGCGCUCGCGUCACGUCCGGCUCCGGCCCGCCUCGCCCUCCGCAGAGCUACGUCGGUGGCAGAGGGCGUCGCCGGAAGGGUCCGGCCGAGGACUGUGGGCGCAGCAGGAGGCUUCGCACGAGGUCGGCUGGCGCGCGUAGCCCGGCUCGGCAUCGGCAGGGCGCGCGGCGCGCGGGCACAGACGCGCGCGUGCCGGGUCCGACCGACCCGAGGGGGCUCUACGCCCUCCGUCGCGGGCUCAAGUGCGCGUCUACGGUCGGGACGCGGCCACCGGUGGGUGGCGUCACUACCUCGGCCGGGCGAUGCCGAAGCACUGUCUCUGCCCCGCCUUCUACCCGUGGCGGCGACGGCUGCAGUGUCGCGGCCCUCAGCGCGGCAGACGGGCGGUUCGCGCGCCGGUCGUCCGCCGGGGGGGAGGCCACUCCAUGCGGGUGCUGCUGGGUCGGCCCCCUCCGGGUCCCCUCGGCGUACGCCCCCUCACGGAGGGGCGCGCGAAGCAGUAUCCGCCAGUCCGCGCCCUCCUCGCAGGUUCCAGUGGGCGGGCGUAGAGGACGGGAGUCGGACGCGCGGGGGGCAGGCGGGGAUGGGCCCCUCGAACGUGAGGCGGGAGGCGGGGUGCAGCUUCGUGCCUUCCGCCCUGCCGGCCGAUACCGACGCACCGGGCCGUCCGCGUUGUGCGGGUCCAACGUCGCAAAGUGCUGCGGCGGGACUCGGGGGGCUGCGUGUCACGCCCUCGGGGAUGCGGACGGGGCACGCGGCGGCAGUUGGGGCCCCUCGGUGGUGGUGCUCUGGGGGCGCUCGCUCGCUCGGAGCUCCCCGGGGUCGGCGGGCGGGGGCGGCCGCACGGCGUGUGCGCGGGCCCCUCCCCCUCCGCCGGCUCCUCCCGGCCGCGGGCAUCGGGGGACGGUCCCCUCGCCGGGGGGCCAUCGCUCACGGCGAGCGGGCUGUGCGUCGGGAGGGCGGUCCAGGCCUCGUCAGGGGGCAUCGCGCCUCGUAGGUCGAAGUCCGGGCAGCGAAGGCUCAUGGCCGCAAGCGCUGAGGCAGCGCGGGGUGUGGGCCUGGGCCCCUCGGGGCCCGUCACGCGCGACCCCUCCCCCGAUGCGCGAGAGGUCGGUCCCCCCUCCAGUCGCGUUGACCCUCGCUCGGGGCCGGGGGGCGGCCCCGACAUGCGGACUGCCGCAGGAUCCCCUCGUGACGCCGCGCACCCCCCCCCCCUCCCGUAGCGGGCGGGUCGUGCGGGGCUCGGCUCCAUGCGCGGUUGCUAGCCAGGGUCCGUCAGGGGGCGGGCCAGCCCUGUCGGUGGGGGCUGGCGCCAGCCUCCGGAUGGGCGGGCGCGCACGUACCAUCGGAGGCAUGCUCGAGACUCAGGGGCACGGUGGACGCUCGUGGUCGCGUGUGAUCGCUGGGGGGGGCGGAGCGGCGCGGCGGCGCCUGUCCGGUUCCCCUCAUGCGGCCUGGGGUACCAGCUGUGCCACGGCCUCUCGGGCCCACGCGUGUCGGGGGGGGGGGGCGGGGGGCGGGGGGUUCCAUUCCCUCGGGCGCGCGGGGGGGGGAACCGGGAGGCCUCCGUCAGUCGGACUCCGGUCCGCGGCCGGCGGGGUCCCCCUACGGGGGGUGUGGGGGUGGGGGGGCGGGGCGGCCGCGGUGGGGGGGGGUUGUGGGGGGGGGGGUUGGACGGGGGGGGUUCGGUGGGGCGGCGGGGGGGGGCGGGCGCUCGCAGUCUGGCGUCCCGGGCGGCGACGGGCGAUGACGGGCGAGGUGUCGUCGCCGGGCGACGCGGACUGCACCCUUCCCCUCCCGGCAGCCGGACCCCCCACGGAGGACUCGGGAGAGUGGGGGGGGGGGGGGGGGGGGGGGGCGGGGGGGGGGGGGGCGGGGGGGGGGGGGGGGGGGGGGGGGGGGGGGGGGGCGGGGGGGGGGGGCGGGGGGGGGGGGGGGGGGGGGGGGGGGGGGGGGGGGGGGGGGGGGCGGGGGGGGGGGGGGGGGGGGGGGGGGGGGGGGGGGGGGGGGGGGGGGGGGGGGGGGGGGGGGGGGGGGGGGGGGGGGGGGGGGGGCGGGGGGGGGCGGGGGGGGGGGGGGGGGGGGGGGGGGGGGGGGGGGGGCGGGGGGGGGGGGGGGGGGGGCGGCGGGGGGGGGGCGGGGGGGGGGGGGGGGGGGGCGGGGGGGGGGGGGGGGGGGGCGGGGGAGGGGGGGGGGGGGGGGCGGGGGGGGGGGGGGGGGGGGGCGGGGGGGGGGGCGGGGGGGGGGGGGGGGGGGGGGGGGGGGGGGGGGGGGGGGGGGGGGGGGCGGGGGGGGGGGGGGGGGGGGGGGGGGGGGGGGGGGGGGGAGGGGGGGGGGGGGGGGGGGGGGGGGGGGGGGGGGGGGGGGGGGGGGGCGGGUGGGGGGGGGGGGGGGGGGGGGGGGGGGGGGGGGGGGGGGGGGGGCGGGGGGUGGGGGGGGGGGGGGGGGGGGGGGGGGGGGGUGGGGGGGGGGGGGGGGGGGGGGGCGGGGGGGGGGGGGGGCGGGGGGGGGGGGGGGGGGGGGGGGGGGGGGGGGGGGGGGGAGGACGGUCCAUGCGGGGGAGCCGGACCGCGCGGGGCCCCCAUCGUCGAGCUCAGGACUGUGGGUUAG